AUGCAUUCGGACCCAGAAUCCAGCGAGAGACCGGCUCGCUCUGAUGGCCGAUGCCGCAGCCCAGCCAUCCAUCAUGACUCUCAGCAAAGAACUGCACAAAUAUCAUUGGAAGAAAAGGCCGAGGCGGUCCGUGAUGCAUGCAAGUGGAAGGACAUCGCGAAACUGAGGUCUCUUGCAGAGUCCACAGGCGGAUUCCUCACCGAUGAGCUACGAAGAUCAGCCUGGCCUCUCCUGCUUGGACUCUCACCGGAUCUCAUGAAUGAUGGCGUCGAUACAAGCUUCGAUGCUCAAGAAGCUGUGGCCGACUGGGAACAACUAGAACCCCAUCGCGAUGAAGAUCAAGUACAACUUGAUGUCAACAGGUCCUUUAUAUACUAUCCAAAUGACAAAUCAGAGGCACAACUUAACAAGUGCAAGUCCGAGCUUUUGGUCCUUAUCGUUGAAGUACUACGCCGUCACCCGUACCUCUGCUACUUCCAGGGAUUUCAUGACAUCUGCCAAGUAUUUCUCCUGGUAUUACAGCCUGGAUGGCGGGCACGCGUAGUCGCGAGACUUUCGGUCCUCCGCAUCCGAGACUUUAUGCUUCCUAGCUUGGGACCGACGACAGCACAAUUGCGCUUGCUUCCCGACUUGCUGGCCAAAGCUGAUAGCGAACUGCGCAAACAUAUUGCCACGAUAGAACCAUUUUAUGCACUAGCGGGCACUUUGACCAUGUAUGCUCACAACAUUGAGGCUUAUGGCGAUAUUGCACGGCUAUUCGACGUUUUCUUAGCUAGAGAGGCUGUCUUCCCAAUCUAUGUAUUUGCCCAAAUUGUCAUGAGCCGAAGGAGCGAGAUCUUGGAUGUUGAAGAGCCAGACAUGUUGCAGGUGAUGCUCGCAAAAGUACCGCCCAACAUGGACUUGGAUUCCCUGAUAACAAACGCCGCCAGCCUGUUCGAUCAGUUUCCACCCGAGUCUUUACCUUCAUGGCGGCGAAUAUCGAAAUCGAGUACUCUGAAGACUGCUCGACACAUCGAGACAUGUGCAAAUCAAACCCUUGAUGAUGGCCGCGCGUUCUUCGAACAGCAGGCCAAGGAAGUCCGAUGGGUAGAGACACGGGAUAGGAUUUCGAUGGCAGUCUGGAGAUACCGCCGGCCCAUCAGAGCCAUUGGUAUGACCACAGCUGUCGCCGCCAUUGCUUUUUAUCUGCGGAGAAAUCCAUCUGCAAUUCACUAUGUCACGUCUCUCUUUAGCACAUUGAGUAAAGCUUAG